AUGAGCGGCGGCUCAAGGAGGGUUUUUUUUCUCUCUCUUCGGUGGAGCAAGGGGGAAGCCAAAAAAAAAAAAAAAAGUUGGAUCUCAACUAGCAGAAGCCUUGGAAUGAUACGAUGGUUGAUGGCGACACCACGACCGUCGAACGAGCGUAACGAGGACGGAAGGGAAACAGAGGAGGAGAGGAAGAAGUCGAGCAUCUCAAACAUUUCUUCUUCCCGUUUGGCGCCAGAGAGCCAGCGAGAAAGGCAGAUCUCAGCAAGCGAUUCCCUGCAGCAGCCAAUGAGCAGUGCAACUGGCGAACUUGGCAUCCUCUGGCUCUCGUCUUUGCUGGCGCCUCUUCUUCCUCUCGUCUGGCUUCUGGCUUGUUCCAUCCCGGUCCCUGGUUCGGAUGGAGACCGGGAAAAGCGUGUCUUGCUGGGGAGGGGAUUUGGGGGCCCUGUUUCAUGA